AUGGUCGCAAGAACCCAGUACAUCCCAACUGCAGCAAGCGAGCACUGCAGUUGCUACGCCGUGUCGCUCACAUCUGAUCUACUUCCAAGACCAUUCCCCAUACCACCUUCCGCUCCUUCCUGCGGAAUGUCCCUCCGGCUGUCCCCUAGAAUAUCCCCUAAAUCACUACAGCGCGAGUACGGCUCGCUGUACAACAUCGUGCUUCUCUCCAUCCAUCCCUCUUCCCCACCCAUUCCCACCCCUUGUAACUCCAUUCCGCCCCUUCUCGCCCCAUUCCACCCCUUCUCACCCUUUCCCACUCCCCAGUCCCUGCAGCGCGAGUACGGCUCGCUGUACAACAUCGUGCGUCUCUCCAUCCGCACGGACCUGCCAGACACGCCGCCAUCCGGCCCCUUGUCACUCCUUGUCACCCCUUGUCACCCCUCUCUACCAGUCUCUACAGCGCGAGUACGGCUCGCUGUACAACAUCGUGCUCCUCUUCCUCCGCACGGACCUGCCAGACAUGCCGCCAUCCGCCCUCUACCCCACCCAUUCUCACCCCUUUUCACCCCUUUCCACCCCUUCUCACCCCUUCGCACCCCUUCUUUCCCCUCUCAGUCUCUACAGCGCGAGUACGGCUCGCUGUACAACAUCGUGCGUCUCUCCAUCCGCACUGAUCUCCCAGACAUGCCGCCGUCCGGCCUCUUUGAUGACCCUAUGGAUGACCCUGCCGAGACGCUCGCAGCACAAGCUGGAGCGGACGCGGCAGCAGGGGGUUCGGAGGAAGGGGUUGAGGCGGCAGGGCGGCCGUUGGAUGCUGCUCUCGCAUACUCGUACGAUGCCCAGAGGGACUCUGCUGCUGCGCUGGGUUCGAUGCUGGAGAUCCAACAGAGGGUGCAGCAACAGAUAUCAGCCAUGAGUGCUGCCGGUGCUGGGUCCCCCCUCGGACCUCACACCCCCUCCCAAACACAACCAACCGCCUCCAACCCCGCAGCACAUUCCUCCCAGCCGGCAAUACCAUCCGCCACAACCGCCACAGCCGCUACAGCGGCGUCUGUAGCGGCAGCAGGCGGCGGCAGCAGCCCCUUUGCGAGCCUGUGGAAGAACAUGGCGUCUCAACUCUCGCGCGCGUUUGAAACGCUGCUGCCCCCCCCCUCGCCUGAUGAUCCUCCCCUGGGAGUAAGCACUGGGGCUGGGGGGAUAGCUGCUCGGACAGCGGCAGGAGCAGCAGGGGUGGCUGCGGUGGCAGGAGCGGCAGGGAUAGAAGCAGGGGCAGCAGCGGCGGCUCUGGCAGGGAUUGGAGGAGGUGCAGUAGCAGGAGCAGGAGGGGUGGGGUUGGUUGUGGGUGAGAGCGGAGUGGCCGCAGUGGAGGAGGCGUGGGGGGGGAACGUGCAGUCUGGGAGCAGCGGAGUCAUUGACAUCACUCCGCAAGCCCCCCUGGCAGGCGCGCAGAGCAGCCUGGUGCGGCUGGCAGGGGAGGUGCGAUCUAAUGACGCGCUUAUCUCGUCCGUCAACCGUGAAAUGGAGGAGGAACGGCAGCGGCUGCUGAACAAGGCGCAAUCAGUGGCACAGGAGGUGCAGCAGCGAGUGACAGUGGGGGAUAUGGAGGCCGUGGUGGGUGCAGCGGUAGAGACAAUGCAAUCGGAACUCCAGGCAGCACAGCAGCGCACUCGCCAGCUGCUUAUACAGGUGGAACUGAAGGACCGGGAGAUGAGGCUGAGGCGCGAGGAGUGGGAGAAGGAACGGUCUUCCAUGGUGGCUUCCCUGCAGCAGCUCGUACUUGCUAAAGGCGGAUCCCGGUCGUCAGGAGCAGGAUCAGGCACAGCAACAGCCACUGCCACUCCUGAGCCAGACAGCACAGGGGACUCUAUAAUGCGUCUCCUUGCCCUUCAAGCUGCAGUUUCUCGGGCAGAAGAAGCUGAGCUGGCGACUGCCGCCCGGCUGGAGCGCGUCGCUGACGUGCUCGGGCGGGAGAUUGCCAAAUUGCGGCGCGACAAGCGGGCGCUGGAGUCCCGCGCGCAGCUGCUGACGUGGCGGCUGGAGGCGGUGCAUGCCAAGCUGGCGGCGGUGUUUGGGGAGUUGGUGGGGGUGAGGGAGGCGAUGAGUGCGGGGAGGGUGGAGGAGGGUAUGGCGAUUCUUGAAGGCAUUUUCAUUAACCACAACGGCACGUCUUCAAGUUGGACUGCUGUGCCCGGCAUGAGGAUGAAGAACUCCACUGCCAAGGGGCUGGCUGGCUUUCCUCCGGCCACUGUCCCUGUUGCCCUGCAGAAAACUCCUCACCUCUGUCUCUCUCCCCCUGUGCCCUCCUCCUCCUGGCAGUUGGACUGCUGUACCCGGCAUGAGGAUGAAGGACUCCACUGCCAAGGGGCCGGCUGGCUUUCCCCUCAAGGUACGUUCCUCGUGUACUCCAUAAGAGCAUCCUCGCUUGAGUUUGUGACCAAUAAUGGAGCGGCUACAUGGGACAGUUCCCCGAGUGGUGGAAACUACACCAUCGACCGCCCCGGUUGCUUCGUCCUGUCGUCUGGACGUUUGACAGAGUUCAAAGGAGCGGACGUGAAUGCCAAAGAUAGGUCGGGGCAGACGGCGUUGCAUUGGGCGGCAGUGCGAGGUGGCAUCGCUGUUGCUGACGUGUUGCUGCAACGUGGCGCUGACGUGGAGGUUGCGGAUUCACACGGUUACAGGACCACACACGUGGCAGCGCAGUACGGGCAGACGGCGUUACUAUACCACAUUGUUGCUACGUGGGGGGCCUUGGCUGAUACCACUGACAACGACGGCCGUACCCCGCUGCACUGGGCGGCCUAUAAGGGCUUUGCAGACCCCAUCCGCCUGCUGCUCUUCUGUGACGCAUACCUCUCACGGCCCGACAAGGAGGGGUGCACGCCCCUUCAUUGGGCGGCAAUCAGGGGUAAUUUGGAUGCGGUUACCCUAUUGGUCCAGGCUGGCAGCAAGGAUGAUUUGAUUGCGACGGACUCCACUGGGAGCAUGCCAGCUCAGCUCGCGAGUGACAAGGGGCACCGCCACGUGGCGCUUUUCCUGUCCAAUGCGCGCAAGGUGUUUGACGCCCGGCACGACACCAAGGGAUUGGCAGGCAAGAUGGCGAGAUACGGUCUUGCACCCGCGCUCUGGGCGGUCAUUAUUGGAUUACUUAUCGGCUUCACCAAUGCAGUUGUCUUCUCCACCACGCUCCCAGUGAUAACAGCGACCAUGGCAGCAUGGGCGUGGGCCGUCUUCAUCUGUGCUGGCACCGGCAUGUAUUUCCUUUACCGCUCCUCCACGCAAGAUCCAGGCUACGUGCAGUCGCCACGGCUGCAGAGCCUUAAGAAGCAACAGGAGGAGGAGAUGGUGCCUCUAAGAGCAGAUUACAUGGAUCCGGUGCUGCAGUCGGGUCAAUGGUCGCAGCUGUGUGUCACCUGCCGGAUCGUACGGCCUAGGAGGUCGAAGCAUUGUUCCAUCUGCAAUAAGUGUGUGACUCAGUUCGACCACCACUGCCCCUGGAUCUCCAACUGCGUGGGCAAGCGCAACAAGUGGCAUUUUCUCAUGAUGCUCAUGCUUGAAAUGGCAGCCAUGGUCAUCGCCCUCUCCCUCGCCUUUGGCCGCCUGAUGAACCUGGAGGGAGCACCAGCAGCAGGAGCGGGGUGGCUGGGGUACGUGGCAAUGAACCACACAGGAGCGCUGGUGUUCAUAAUCGCGGAUGGCUUCAUGCUGCUGUCCGUGCUGGGUCUUGUCGUGUCACAAGGCUCUCAGGUGGCUCAGAACAUAACAACAAAUGAAAUGGCCAAUGCCCAUCGCUACGCCUACCUGAGGGGCCCUGACGGCAAAUACUUCAACCCUUUCAACCGCGGCUGCUACCAAAACUGCGCUGAUUUCUGGACCACUGGGGAAACCACCGACACCGAAGGUUCCUGGAAGCCUCCUCCGCCGCCCGGCCCGUCAGGCGCGUUUUUCCGGCGGAUUUUUGGGGUUGGGCGGCACGGGGAGAGAGGGGGCAGGUGCUGUGCACAUAACCAUGGGCCAGCGGGGGGAGGAGGGGGUGGGGCGGGGAAGGAGUGUGAGGGAGGAGGAGGAUUGGGUGGUGGUGGUGGUGCUGCUCCCGGUGGUGCUGGGGUGACCACUGGCAUGGCGGGGCAUGCGGGGCGCGGGCAGAGAGCUUCGGCCGGGCCUGUGGGGCUGGGAGGUAUGGGGCUGGGCGCUAGAGUUGCGAGAGUGGCGGCGAGGGAAUAG